GUCAAAAUUAAACGUCUUGUCGCUGUCGUCGUUUAUAAAAUGAAAUAACAUUAAAAAUUGUAUAUAAGUCGUUACCUUUAGGUCAUAAUAGUUAAGAAAAAACAAAUAGCUCCAUGGUCUAAUAAGCAUAAGAAUAAAAUGUAUUUAUCGUCAGCGAGUUCGCAACUUUUGCUAUAUGAUGCAAACAGUUAUGAUUUGAAAAAGACCUACAAAUGUUAUGACGGUGUUCUGCGAGAUGUUUCUUGGAGUGACGAUAGUAAAUAUUUAUUACAGGUAAACUACAAAGGCCUUAUAGAAAUACUCACACCCGCUGAGCAUGAAAUCCGUAGCUUACAACAUAUACCAGUCAAAGAUUCUUGGUCAGCAAGUUUCCACAGAGAUGGUCACCACAAUGUGGCUAUUGGUACAAAGAAUGGUGAAGUCAUGAUAUGGGAUACAAAAUAUAAAGGGGUUAUAAAAGCUUUUCCUACCCCACCCACUCCGUCUUGUGUCAACAUUAUAAGUUAUAACUCUAAAAAUACAAGUCUUGCUGCAUCUAUGCAAAACGGAGACACAGUUAUUUAUGGCCUUGUUUCCAAUAUACCUGUAUGUACUGUAAAACUAAAUUGCUCUAGAAGUAUAUCUGCUAUGAAGUUCCAUCAUGAGUCUAGGUCUUCAUUAGGUCUGGCCACCGACGAAGGUCAUGUUAUAUUAAGAGAUAUAACUACAAAUAAGGAUAAAGCACUCUUUGAGAACAUACAUGCAUCUCCUGUCAGUGAUUUUACAUUUUCUCCCAUAAAUAGGGAUGUCAUGCUCUCAUCUGGAUAUGAUAAAAUGAUGCAUGUCUAUGAUACUAGACUACAAAACGUAGUGUCCACAAUAAAAACGUCUUAUGCACUUACAUCGCUGGCGAUAAAUACUGAAAACUAUGUUGCUCUCGGAACAAAGAAUGGCCAUGUUAUUAUUUAUGAUUUGAGAGAUCUGACAAUGCCAUUUAAAAUAUUGAAAGGACAUGAAGAAGAAGUAAGAAGAGUUGCCUUCCAACCACACAGAAAAAAAACAUUGUCUACUGAUUUGAGCAUCAAUGAAAGAGUGGAAUGCAAUAGUCCCAUGAAAGUGCAGUCUCCUGUUCGUAGUCGGAAUUCUGAUUUGUUUUAUGUUAAUAACACUCCUCCCAAGGGCAGUCUUGAUGUUCCAGGAGGUGAGGUGAGGAGGUCUAACAGUGAAAAUAAAGCUGAUUCCUUUCUUGUUAUGAUGGGUUUGGAUGAUAAAUCAAAUGUUGAUUUCGAGGAUGAAUUCAACAAAUCGCCUGAAAACUUCAGGAAGAGUGAUAAAAUUGAGUCAAGAUAUCGUCAACUAGAUGCUGAGAAGAAUAUAAACAAAGCUUCCACACCAUUGAGCAGUAGAGGUAUGGACAACAUUGUUUUUCCAUCACCCUUAGUCAUUAAUGGUGUUCCAGACGAUGGAAGAACCUCCAAUACAAACAUAAAGCAAGUUAGCAAUGUACAAACUGUAGCUAUAGAUAAUAAGACUGUUGAUGAGCUAAAGGAUUUCAUUAAGUUGUCACUAUCAUAUGUUGCUGACGAUAAUAGACGGUAUUUUCUCAACACUAUGAUGGAAUUAACAAAGCAAAAGCUCUAUCUUGAAAAGCAGUUGGCCAAUAUGAGCAAUCAAAUAGAAACAUUAGUUCAAAACCAAAAUGCGCUAAUUGAGGCAAACAGAAAGCUUGUCCUACAGGUUGAUCAGUUGAAAUCUGAUCAAAACUCAUUUUAAGUGUAAUGCAAAAAAUCAAAUUUUCAAAAAGGGUCUCAAGUUAGACUAAAAUGUUGUUAUGAAUCUCUUUAAUAUUUUUUUAAGAAUUGUACCUAUCCAAUGAAUUGCCAGAAAAUUAUUGCCCCAAGUGAUUAUAGUAUUUAUAGCAUUGAAAAUAAACUUACUAGAGAAAUUCAUAUAUUAAUUAAUGCACCUCAAAUAUACCUUUAUAAUAAUUUUUUCAUCUAAUAAAUGAUUUUUUUACAAUUGUGAUGACAGUUACAUUAUGCAUAAUUAAUAUUUACUUUAGCUUGUGCCAUUUUUAAAUUUAUUUAAGUACUGGAAUGUUAUCUGCAAGCUGUGAAAUUGCAUUUGUAUUAUUAGACCAAUAAAAAUAUGUAAGCA